AUGUUGCUGCUAUUCUCUCUUUCUCUGUUGCUGGUGUGUGGUAAUGUAGCCAUGGCAGCAUCGAGUUCAAGCAGUAACACCUCCACGGAGAGGCAGAUUAGUCAGACACCAACAUGGGCUGUUGCCAUUGUUUGUGCUGUUAUCAUCAUCAUUUCUAUUUUCUUGGAAAAAACUCUUCACAAACUUGGAACUGUUCUUACAGAGAAGCACAAUGCGGCUUUGUUUGAAGCCCUUGAGAAGGUCAAAUCUGAGUUGAUGGUUCUGGGAUUCAUUUCGCUCAUACUCACUUUUGGGCAGAAGUACAUUAUCAAGAUAUGUGUCCCUUUCAAGGUUGCAGCCACUAUGCUGCCUUGCGUAUCAGAUAGUGUGAAUGAUGGAGAGUCAAGUAGCGAAUCAGAACAUCGUAGACGACUCUUGUGGUUUGACCAUAGAUACUUAUCUUCUUCAAGUACAACUACUCCUGCAUGCAAGUCGGGGUAUGAACCGCUUAUAUCAGCAGAAGCAUUGCACCAAUUACACAUUCUCAUAUUCUUUUUAGCAGUCUUUCAUGUCUUAUACAGUGCUGUUACCAUGUUGCUUGGGAGGCUAAAGACUCGGUGCUGGAAGAAGUGGGAGCAGGAGACUUCAACCCAUGACUAUGAAUUCUCAAAUGACCCUUCUAGAUUCAGACUUACUCAUCAAACAUCUUUUGUAAGAGCACACACCAGUUUCUGGACCAAGCUUCCUAUCAUCUUUUAUAUUGGAUGCUUCUUUCGACAAUUUUUUAGGUCUGUUAGUAGGUCUGACUACUUGACGUUGCGUAAUGGAUUCAUCAAUGUUCAUUUAGCUCCUGGAAUGAGAUUUAACUUCCAAAAAUAUAUUAAACGAUCAUUAGAGGACGACUUCAAGGUAGUGGUGGGAGUAAGUCCUGUCUUGUGGGCAUCAUUUGUGCUUUUCUUGCUUGUAAACGUUAAUGGAUUGCAAGCAUCAUUUUGGGCAUCCUUAAUCCCUGUGAUUAUAAUCUUAGCUAUGGGAAUGGAGCUUCAAUCCAUUUUGACACAGAUGGCUCUUGAAAUUACAGAAAGACAUGUGUUGGUGCAAGGGAUGCCACUUGUACAGGGCUCAGACAAAUACUUUUGGUUUGGUCGGCCUCAUUUAGUGCUUCAUCUCAUUCACUUUGCUUUGUUUCAGAAUGCUUUCCAGAUCACAUAUUUCUUUUGGAUAUGGUACUCUUUUGGAUUGUAUUCUUGCUUCCAUUCUAAUUUCAAGCUUGCAAUAUUGCAAAUUGUUUUCGGGGUUGUGGUCUUGGUUCUAUGCAGCUACAUCACACUUCCUCUAUAUGCCCUUGUCACUCAGAUGGGUUCACGCAUGAAGAAAUCAAUCUUUGAUGAACCAGCAUCCAUAGCCCUCAAGAAGUGGAGCUUGGCAGUGAUGAAGCAGAGAGCGGCACUGAAGAAGCGGAAGCGAGGAAUGUCCCCAACCGGAACGCCAGGGGAAAGUGUAAGCCCAAGCCCUUCAACAGUGCACUCUCAAGGAGGACACAAACUACAACGUUUCAAAACAGCAGGUCAAUCUACACGCUCAUACACCUGUGACGACAAUGAGGCAUCUGAUAAUGAUGCUGAUCCAUCAUCACCGAAAUCACCAACAGGCAGCUUUGUUAUAAAUGUGGAUAAAAAUAACGAUGGAGUAAUUGAAGUAAAUGAACCCCAUCAUGGAGAAGAUAACAGCAAUGAAGGUGACUUCUCAUUUCUGAACCUUGCUCUGGCGAAUGAACCAUGAUAUAGUUUCAGCGUUGGUAUAAACUUUGA